AGGUGCAGCCUGCAGGCGGGACGGCAAGCGAGGAGGCCAAAUAAACUGUGUUAUUGACAAAACAGCUGUGAACAGAUUUUUUUUUUUUUUUUUAUCGUGUUAUUUAUUGUUCGCCGGCCGGGAGGCGGUGCACGCGACCAAUGAUAACGUAUCUAUGGACAAUGCGUAAAUGCGAAUUCGAAACUUCGAACCUUAAUAAAUAAUAACAUUUCCGUAGUUUCGUGACCGUCACGACUCGCUGCUGUGUUCCGCAACCCGUUACGGUACUACUCGAAACGACGUCGACAGUGAAACUGCGUUUUUCUCCGCGAGUGCCCGGUGCGUUUAUAAUACUAAUUGUUAUAGUUCUAGCGCAGUAUUAUCACGUCUGGUCGAUCGUCUUCGAAAACAACGAUAAAAACAUAGGUAACAAUUAGAUCACGUGCCGGGGACGAACUAUGAGCGCCGACGAUCGACAGUCGAGAAUCGAAGAUCUAGACAUCACCAAACAAGAAUUGGACAGUAUCGGCGAGGCGUUGAAAAAUGAACAGUUCCGGAAAUUGUUGUGCGAGUACGUCGACGAAAUCAACGACCCCGAGAACCGGGCGUUGUACGAACGAGAGAUCGAACAGUACGAGCGGGAACGGGGUACGCAAGUGCAGUUCGUGCGACCGGAGCCCGGUUACGUGGUGAAGACCAGCGCCAACGGCGUGCGAAAGGUAUUUGUCAACAUUUGUGCGUGCGACGUAGUCAAGAAGCCCGUCAGCCGGCCGGGCACCGGUGGCGAUCACUGGUCGCUGCCCAACUGUAUGUCCCCGGUCCGAGAGGAUUACGACAAAGCGCGCAAACCGUGCGACGUUUACGACGUGAUCUUUCAUCCCGACGUACUCGCACUGGCCAAGCAAGGCGGUAAUCUGAAAAACAUGGUCGAAGACACCGCGCUCAGUAUGAUCGAAAAGAACAACAACGUGGUUUUGGACAAGACCAAUCUCAAGUAUCCGAAAAUCUCGUUUAAAGGUAUCUCCAGAUCGUUGGUGAUCCGGAAACAAAUCAAGGACUUCCGGCAAUCUGCCGAGCGGGAGACGACCGAAAUACCCGGAUGCCCUUACAAGCCACCGGUUGAGCGACCGAUUCAACAUCACGAUCUGGGCUUGUUGAAACAAAAAUCGUUGUUCACUGUUCCUAAGUAUUUAAUUAAAUACCGUUCAGACAUAGACAUUCAAGAACACGGAUAUAAUAUGCAUUGUAAAAUGAAUGCAGUUAUACCUAAAGAACUAAUUGUUGAAAUAAAUUUACCACUUUUGGAUUCUUCGGCCAAUAUGGAGCUCGAUGUGCUUUCAAAGUCCUUAAAGUUAGUUUGCCAUAAACCUUCAAAGUAUAAACUUGAAAUUAAUUUACCUUAUAAUGUAAUGGAAGAAGAAGGUAAUGCUACAUUUGAUCAAAGCACUAAAAAACUAACUGUAACCCUUCCAGUUUUGAGAAAUGAACCCUCGUUGGAUUAUGUAAAUAAUUUUGUUACCGAAUUAGAAAUGCCGAAAGAUGAACAAUGUGCAAUUAGUCACAAUAUUAAUAGUGAUUUAGAAACAAUUGUGAACAAUAGUGAAAAUAAUAUUAAUGGCUUUGUGGAUGAAACUAUGAAUAAUAAUGAAAUCAUAGUUACAAAUGGUCAUUGCGACGAAAACACAAAUGAUCAUGAGAUUGACACUGAAUGCAAUAACAAUAAUAAUAUCUCUGAAAACGAUAUCAACUAUAGCCUGCCUGAACACGAAUUUAUUUACGGAAAUAAAUGUAUUCUUAAGUUCAAUGUAAAGAAUGUUGACCCGUCAUCAAUUAAUGUGAUAGUUAUUAGUGAUACAAAUUUGAUCUCUGGCAAAUUCCAUUCCAUAGGUUCGGGAUUUUUCCCCAUUUGGUUUGCAUUUUGCCUACAAAUUCCAUUCAAAUCGAGCUUAUUAAAGCCUGACGUCAAAGUACUGCCUACUGAUAUAAAUGUAACCUUAGAAUUCUUUUUAAAUUUUAAACCAAACUGUAAACAAUAUUUUUAUGGGCUUAACAAAGAUAGCUUAACUAUUCAGGGUAUUAGAAUAAAAACACUUAAAGAAAAUUCAAAAUCUUUGGCCAAUGGUGUGUCAAUUGUGUUGAAUGACAGUGAUGAUGAUAUUGAUGACGAUAAUGAGUUUGAUGACAAAGCAGAAAUUCAAUUAAAGGACCAAAGAGUACAGAACACAAAAAAAAAUGACUGUCAAUAUAAAGAUAAAAGUGGUAAAACCGUCAAGGUAAAACGUAAAAAGAAAGGAAAAAAUAUUCAAAAGUCAAAUGCCAUACCAAUCGUUAGUACGGAUAAUUUAGCAGAAUCUGGAAAAAAAAUGGAUUUUAUACCUGGAUCAUUGCCUACAGAAUUAAAUAUGAGACCAAUAAUUGUGAGUAAAAUAUUCAUGAUAAAUAGAUAAUUGUAUAGUAAUUUAUUAAAACUUAGUUAUGAUUUUUUUCAACAGCGUGGAAUAUUGAAAAAAAGAUCUCAAUCCGAAUGCAGUACUAUUGAUGAUAAAGAUAAUAUAUCCCCUCGAAUGUAUAGUUCAUCUGUGGACAAUGUAGACACUGAAAGUUCUGAUGUAUUUGAAAUGAGUUAUAACGAUUUUAACAAUAAAAAAACAGUUCGUUUCAAUGACCAUGUCAUUGAAAAGAAGAUCAAGUAUGUAUUAUAAAAUUGAAAAAUUCUAUUUUAGUCUCAUGAAUACAGUCAAUAAAUUAGAAUUAUACUGUAUAAUUUAAUAUUAUAUUUAUUUUUAGCCUUAACAUAAGCAUAGCAGCACAAGCAAAAAAACAUCGACAGCGUCAACAACGUAAACGUAAUAUACGAGAGUACAGUACUCCUAGUGAAAGCGAAGUGUCUGAAGCUGAAGAUAAACCAUAUGGUCCAUUGAAUAUGGUUUCAGAAAGUGAAGAGACCAGUGUAUCAGAGAGUAGUGCUGGUGAAAUGUCUGAUGAUAAUAGUAAUGGUUCAAAUAUGAAAUCAUCAAAUACAGUUUUACCAAACUCUAAGAAAGACCAUAAACGACGUAAGAGCAAAUCAGCCCGAAAAAAUGCUUCGCUUGCUAAACAGACAGCAUUUAAUAAUUUAAUGUUCCCUAUUGAAUACUGAGAAAUAUUGAAUUGAUUUUGUUAUCUUAUACCUCCAUAAAAAAUGUUUAUUUAUAUUAUAUUAAAUUAUUUGUACACAUUUUUAUAGAAAUAUUUUUUGGGUGCUUAGUUUUUUUUAUUUGAAAAAUUUAUUUUGUGUAGUUUUUAUUAUUGAAUUAUUGAUGUUUUAUUUGUUUUUACUCCACAUUGGUUGAUUACAUUUUUUGAAUACUGUUGCAAUUUUGAAUGUUAAAAAAUAUUGUACAACUCAAGUAAAAUUAAUUCAAGCUCAUUUUUGGUUUUGGUUAUUAUUUAUGAUAUUUUAAAAAAAAAAAAAGAAUUAAUUCAAUAUAAUACUUUUUAAUCAAAUUUUUUAAAUAAAACAAACAUAUUAGAUGUGUGUUGUUGUGUGUGAUAACACGCAAACAAAAUGUAAUUAUUGAUUUAACAAUUAGGCACUUGACCACUAAUGAUACUUAAAGAGGGAUCAUUUUUUAAAUUUCUCAGGUUUAAAUACAACAAUGCUUUUAAUAUUUUAAUAUAUCCAUGUUAUCCAUGUAAUUUGUAUAUAAUAAAGUGGUCAACCCAAG